CGGCUGCUGGUCAGCGGCGGCCGAACUGCUAGUUUACUUAAGAAAUUGCACGUGUGACAGAGGGGGGCCGUGGGAGCGUGGCGGCCCGGCUGAAUAGAGGGAGGGGAGGCAAUUAGCUGCCACGUUGCUGGGGCUCUUACUUGUCAGGCUGGCUUUUGUGUGAAUCCUGUAGAGGACAUUCCCAGGGUUUUGUUUGGUAUUUAGGGCCGAAAGACAGCAGCCGAAAAGCGGCGAGGAGAGAGGGAGGGAAAAUUUAAGUGCUGAAAAAUAGCAAGUGCACUUUCUCCGUUUCAGGAAAAUGGAGGUAAUUAUUUUUUCUUUUAAAUGUAUGAGAAAAAUGUAAUUGUACUAAAUAAUUUCAGAUGUAAUGACAGAUGGUUUUAGAUUUAUUGCAGUGUAUUUGAAAAUGUGAAAUUAAAAGGUUUAAAAUAGUGAGAUAUUUGUGGCUUUAUAAAAAAUGUUUUAAUUUGAAAUAAAAAACGAGGGAAAAGAUACAAAUUUUAGAUUGUGAUAAAACAGAGUUUGAUCAGAUGGAAAGUUUUUAAUUGGUUAUUAAUAAGCAUUCCUUAUUCCAUUUAUUUAUUUUAAUUCCUUGUUUCUUGGUGAAGAAUGUGAAUCCAGACAGUUACACAUAUUAAAAAAAAAAUUAUUUCAAGACAGCAAAGAAAAAUAAAAAAUACACACAAAUAAAAGAGAGGAUCUGUGGAGUAGGUGCACCAAAGGCCUAUGUAGUUUUGUCAGGGCAAGGCCAUGAAGAGUUAAAUGUAGGAGCUUCUUUAUUCCCCUAAAAAAGAAAAAGAGGGAAUAAAACAAUAGAAACAAGACCCCACAUUGAUGUCACAUCCAUGUCAAAACAGAGACAAAUACCUUUCUCCCCUUUUCCUCCGUCCUCCCCCGGAUGGUGGGCUUAGAGAGGGGACUGUCAGAAUCACACAGAUAAGUGACUGCUUGCCACACUUUGCUGAUCUUGCCCUCCCUUUGUGGAUGUUGUUUUCUCUUGUCUUUUCUCUCGCUCUCUCUCUUUCUGUCUUCUUCCCUUGCCUUGCUCGCUUUACCUUGUUGUAGUCAAGGCUUUUCAAGCUGCUAGUUCGUCUUUGGGCAUCCUGGAGGCACUGCAGAACACACACAAACACACACACACACACAAACUUGGACAGACACAUGCACAACCAUAAUAAGCCUUUUUUUUCCUAGUGUUUUUUCAUGUUUCUUUGCUUGUGGGAAGACAUCUCUGCAGCUCUGAUAACUAUCAAGUGAGAUUUCUCUUCAUCUUUUUUAAAAACCGUAUCGUUUUGAGCUGGAUUGACUGACCGCUAAAGGGAAACCCGACGGAGAAAUGAGUGAUUAUCCGCUGGCGGAGGACUGGCCUUGCCGGACGUCCUGAGACGCAGCUCUCACUGUGAUCCGCAAAAGACCCACUCCAACAAAAAAAAAAAAAAAAAAAAGCGGCCCUGCGAACAAUGGCGUGCACGUGAACUUCUGUGUGUGUGCGACCCUUUGGUGUGGGACACACACAUGCGCCCGCUUAAACACAAUAGCAGUUUUGGGAAAGAAGCUAAGGUUGAAAAAGAACAAGAAGAGAGGGAAGAAAGGAGAAAUACUCUUAUUCGUUGGCGGUAGUGAGAGGUGGAGGACAGGGGAGGGCCACGGAGCUGCUCAUGUACCCGAGAGAAGGCCUUUCACUGGGGCCGGAGGAGAGGGGAGGAAAGACUGGCUCUCUGGCCUCUGGGCUGGCUCUCCUACAGCAGGUUGGCUGCUGGCAAUUCAGUCUUAAUGCCUGGUCUAAUAAGGUCCCCGUGGUACAGCACCCUCACCAUGUGCACCCGCUCACACCUCUGAUCACCUACAGCAAUGAGCACUUCACGCCUGGGAACCCCCCUCCACAUCUACAGGCAGACGUGGACCCCAAAACAGGUAUAUCAAGGCCUCCACAUCCUCCAGACAUAUCCCCCUACUACCCCCUGUCACCUGGCACUGUAGGCCAGAUUCCCCAUCCGUUAGGAUGGUUAGUACCACAGCAAGGUCAGCCAGUUUACCCAAUCACGACGGGAGGUUUCAGACACCCCUACCCAACUGCCCUCACUGUCAAUGCGUCCAUGUCAAGGUUCCCUCCUCACAUGGUGCCCCCCCACCACAGUUUGCACACCACAGGGAUCCCCCACCCAGCCAUCGUCACACCCAACGUCAAGCAGGAGUCCUCACACAGUGACAUCGGCUCCCUCAGCUCGAAACAUCAGGAUGCGAAAAAAGAGGAGGAAAAGAAGAAGCAGCCACACAUAAAGAAACCUCUGAACGCGUUCAUGCUUUACAUGAAGGAAAUGAGAGCCAAAGUGGUGGCAGAGUGCACACUGAAAGAGAGCGCAGCUAUCAACCAGAUCCUAGGCCGAAGGUGGCAUGCUCUGUCUCGAGAGGAGCAGGCCAAAUACUACGAGUUAGCCAGGAAAGAGCGACAGCUUCACAUGCAGUUGUACCCCGGCUGGUCAGCACGAGAUAACUAUGGGAAAAAGAAGAAGAGAAAAAGGGAAAAGCAGGCAGGAGAGGGCAAUGAACACAGAGAAUAUUUUCCAAACCCUUGCCUUUCACUCCCUCCGAUUACAGAUCUGAGCGCCCCAAAGAAGUGUCGUGCACGCUUCGGGCUCGACCAGCAGAAUAACUGGUGUGGGCCAUGCAGGAGAAAAAAGAAGUGCAUUCGCUAUAUUCAAGGUGAAGGCAGCUGUGCCAGUCCUCCCUCUUCGGACGGAAGCUUACUAGACUCCCCCCCAUCCUCCCCCUCCAUGGUCUCUCCCUCCCCAUCCUCGAAAGAGUCCAAAACACAGACUGAACAAAUGCAACCUCUCUCACUGACUAUGAAACCACCCCCCCUGCUCACGUCGUCCCAACACCAACACAUCUCCAUGGCUCCACCCUUAGCUCUGUUGGACAACUCCAGGGUGGGCAAAACAUCCGGCUCGGCACACAACGGCUCCUUGGAGCCCUCAGACAUGUCGUCGUCCCGACCCACAGGCUCCACCUCCUCCCGGCCUACAUCGGUGUGUCAUUCCCACUCUCUGCUGCCCAGCUCCGCCACGACGCAACCCCUUUCACUCGUAACAAAGUCAAUAGACUAGCUUUGUUGUUUUUUUUAAACCAGCUUUCUCUCUCUGUCUCUAUGUCUGUCACGCGUCUUGUCUUUUUUCAUUCUGUGUUCUGAUUCUCUUGUUUUUUCUGUGCGAUAUGGCUUUGAAAGUUCAUUGGUCAAUAUUUGACCUGUCAUUAUCUAAAAAAAAAAAUGAAAUUAUUAUGAUUAAAUAUUGAUAAUUAAAUACACUAAGUUCUAGAGUAUAGCUUUGUGAAUCUGCCAAAUUUUUUAUGAAUUUUUUGGGGUUUGUUUUUGUUAAUUUCUUUGCUUUUUUUCGGCUGUACAACAGCAAAAUACAUAAUUGUUAUGUAGUUUUACAUAGACAUGUUUAAAGACAGAUAUACAAAGUAGGUGAGGAUUCGGUGAGCCCUUUUCUCCAAGAAUUGGUUCUCCUUCAUUAUUUGUAUUAAAUACGAGCUUGUGAACCAAUCAUUUUACAGCUGUCCAAAACUCAGAGGGCACGAGGACUAUGGAGACACCUCUCCGACUGAGGAACAACUUUAAUCGUGAUGUUACUUGUUCUUGUUUAAAUGUACAGAAAUAUGGGGGGGGGGUUUACUGUGUUAAUAUGCAUUGUUCCAUUGCGUUGUCUGUUUUAUCUUUCUUUUUUGUCGUUGUUUACCAGGGGGAGGGAGGUUGACUCGGGUUGGGGUGGGCAGACUCGAUUGGAUGGGUGUUUUGGGGUGGGGGGUGGGUUUUUCUGGGGAUAUUCAAUACAAACUGUCACAAUGCUAGGACCAGUAGUAUUUAUUGCUUUAGAGAUUGCUUGUCGUAUCUUGUAUGUUGUCCCUUUUUGAAAUCUUUUCAUUUUCUUAAUACAUUGUAUAAAUAUUCUUUUUCUUAACGUAAGCAACUUAUAUAUAUAUAUAUAUAUAUAUAUAUAUAUAUAUAUAUAUAUAUAUAUAUAUAUAUAUAUAUAUAUAUAUAUAUAUAUAUAUAUAUGAUCCAUUUUUACAAGGUUUUGAAGUUUCAAAUGUUUUAUUGGUUUAACAUGAAUUUUUUUUUAAUCUUUUUUUUAAUUAUUUUGUUGAAAACCAGGAUUCCACCUAUACUACAGUGUAGAUUCUCAAAAAAAACAACAACAAAAAAAACCUAAAAAAGCAAAAACGCAAAAAAAAAAAAACCUAAACAACAAACAGACAUAUGCACAACUUAAUUUCUAGAAACAUAUCUAUAAGCCAUUUUGCAACAGUUGAAAAGGAAACUUGAAAUGUGGACGGUGGGUUCCAUGUCUUAGUCAAAUUUCGUCUCAAGCCCUUCUUUUCUAUUGCACAGUCUCAUCUCCGUCGGACUGUAGAACUGUGUGCAGAUUUUUUCCCGUGCCAAAAUUUGUGAUAAUUUCCUCUCCUCCUCUUAUGACGCUGUAGGUUCUUUCGUUGUCCAAUGUUUGUUUUUUCUUUUCAUUUUCAACCAUAAUUUGCUGUGACGUUACAUAGAUUGCUAUGUAUGUAGUAUAAAUGUUGCUAUAACAAAUGUGUUUGGUAGCAGAUUGUCAAAUAAUAAAAUUUUAACUUAAAAGACGGACGUCAUACUGUAUAAACCCUCAAGGGCCAAAUUAUGUAUAUUAGGAGGUUCAUAAAAAACUAUUAAAUACUACAAAAAAACACAAACUGCCACUUUUAAGUACACUACUACAUAUAGGUAGAUAGAAAAAAUAGGCAUGUUGAUGUUGCAAGAAGCUGUAAAAAAGCUACAAGAGAAUCAUUCAUUCGGUGCCAUUGUAGUUGACAUGACGCAACUGUAACCCGUCGAUUACUUCUCUGGUUUAUUAAGAUGCUAAUGAUGAAUAGUUUGAAUGUUUCCUUAACGGCUGUGAUGUUCCUGUUCUCUUUUAUGCUCUUAUAUUUUAUUUUGGUUUGUUUUUAUUUCUUUUUCUUUUUUUUUUCCGUUUUGUUUCGUUUUGUUUUCCGUUUUGUUUUCCAUUAUUUGAAAUGGUUCCCAAAAACCAUGUUUUGUAAUGAAUAAAUGUUAAUGCUGUACAGUCUCUGUAGCAUGCAGUUCUGUAUUAAUAAAAGCGAGUUAGUAUGUGAA